AGGAAGUGGAGUGACAGACUGACACCACAGCUGCAUUACAUGUCUGGCUUCAUAAAUAUCCACAGAUUCGGUUCCCGCUUUUGUUUGUGUCAAUAACGAAAUUUGACAGAAAAUAUCACCGCUGACUGAGACGAAGCUCGGACGGAGGCUGCGGAGGAUCUAGAAAGUCCAGUUCUUGUGAUGUUUCCUUUCAGUUUAGUGAGCCAGCAGCUGUCCUGAAGAAGAAGGAGGAUCCGCAUCUGUCCACACAGCCGCAGGUGUUAAACAGAAUUAUCCAGCCCUCCUGUCCUGCUCAUGGCAAAGAUGAGCUGGGCUGCCGGUACGCAGUGUGUAGCCAAGGGGGACCACAGGAAACCAAAACCAGGAGAACUGGCGUACCACAAAGGAGACAUCCUCACUAUUAUCGACACAAGCACGAAGAAGGGCUAUUACAAAGCCAAACACAACACCACAGGAGAGGAGGGACUCAUAAACUCCACCAAUGUGCGUGAAAGAGAGGCUCUACGUGUGGACCCCAGCCUCAGCCUCAUGCCUUGGUUUCAUGGGAAGAUCUCCGGUCCAGAGGCGGUGAGCAAGCUGCAGCCGGCAGAGGAUGGUCUGUACCUCGUUCGAGAGUCCAUCCGCCAUCCCGGAGACUACGUCCUGUGUGUCAGCGUCUCCGGAGAGGUCAUCCACUACCGCGUGAUUUAUCAGGACAACAAGCUGACCAUCGAUAACACACAGUACUUCUACAACCUCAUUGACAUGAUAGAGUUUUACUCAAAGAACAAAGGCUCCAUUGCUACAACUCUUCUGAAGCCCAAACAAAAACAUGGAACCAAGUCAGCGGAGUUGGAGCUGUCUAAAACUGGAUGGUUGCUGGACAUUACGAAGCUCAAACUGGGGGAGAGUAUCGGAGAAGGGGAGUUUGGUGCUGUGUAUGAAGGAGAGUAUAUGGGCCAGAGGGUGGCAGUAAAGACCAUUAAAUGUGAUGUCACUGCUCAGGCCUUCAUGCAGGAGACCACAGUUAUGACGAAACUCCAGCAUAAAAACCUGGUGCGAUUGUUGGGGGUCAUUCUUCACAAAGGGCUUCAUAUUGUCACAGAGCUCAUGACAAAGGGAAACCUCGUUAACUUUCUCAGGACAAGAGGACGUUCGGUCGUAAACCCAGUUCAGCUGCUCCACUUCGCUCUCGAUGUGUGUGAGGGGAUGGAGUACCUGGAGUCCAAGAAGUUGGUUCACAGAGAUUUGGCAGCUCGUAACGUGCUGGUCUCUGACGACAGCAUGGCCAAGGUCAGCGACUUUGGUCUGACCAAGGUGGACUCGAAGGUGUCAGAUAACGUCAAACUGCCGGUCAAAUGGACGGCCCCCGAAGCUCUGAAGAAAGAGAAAUUCUCCACAAAGUCAGAUGUUUGGAGCUACGGUGUUCUUCUUUGGGAGAUCUUCUCUUAUGGUCGUCAACCUUACCCUAAGAUGUCUCUGAAGGAGGUGAAGGAGAGAGUGGAGGGGGGCUAUCGCAUGGAGGCUCCAGAGGACUGCCCCCCUGGUGUUUAUUCCCUGAUGAAGAUUUGCUGGGAGCAGGAGCCACGCAGAAGGCCCGCUUUCCACAAACUGAGAGAGAAACUUGAACGAGAGAUGGGUAAAUGCAGCCCGAGCCCUGGGUCGGAGCGUCGAGAUGGGAUCAGGUCUGCAUCUGGAUGCUGAUCUUGGUUGUGGAUCCUGAACUCCAGCAGCACAUCGUGAACCCCUCCUGUGGAGUAAACAGUUCCAGCUGGAUUCCUUUUAAUGGUUGAGACAAUACAAUCAUCAUGUAAUGACAAUGAUAAAUUGUUUAUAAUGGAGCCAUGAAUAGACUAAACUUUGCUUUAGUGGAUCUGAGAAAGGAAAAAUGUAGUUGUCUCACCCAUCUGUGGGCCAGUAUUGAUUGCAAAAUCUGCACCUGAUGUUAUAUUCAUAAUGAUCAUUAUUCCCCGAAGUAAAACAGCACAAGUUAGAGUAUUCUCACACGUCACUGUUUAUAACACAGGGUGUUUAUCCUUUGCUGGAUGAAACUUUGGGGCAUAAAUUAAGAGUAGACCCACUUCUUCAGGCACCACUACAACACUGGGAAUGAGUAGAUCAGAAGUUAAUAAAUAAACUCUCGCACACUGUCUAACCUGCAAUAUAACAUUUAAUUGUGAUGUUUUUGUAGACCUUCAUCAGGAGAAAGAAUGAACGUCACUUCAUUCAGUGGUACCUGUAUGAUCAGAAAUCUACUGUUUCACAUGAAGAGUGAAUACAGAUAUUUAAUGUCAGGGAGAGAUGUCAUUUAAAGAUUAAACAUAUGUACAGGAAUGAGAUGGGAAGGACAGAGAUGGAGGAGAGGAAAAAUGUUUAUCCUGGAUUUAAUCACAGAUAGCCAAAUCUGCCCAGCAUUAAUGCUCAGCAAUAUGCCAUGGACUCAGGGCUUAACAUGGCAAAUCUGUAAUGUUAUUGCUGGUGUACAAUAAGUAAAUAAUUUUAUGUAAAUACUAAGCUGCAUUUUGCUUGUGUGCAGAGAAGAUUUGGAUGGUUUGUCAUUCUCUGCAGAUACACUGCAGGUCUUUGGUUAAUUCUCACAAAGCACAGUUGAAGUGCCAGAAGUCAAAGAUGAACUUCGGUAUGUCUUUAAUUUUUUCAGAUUUCUUCUUAGAAACCAAACCCUCAUACUAUUUUUGACACUUUGUCCGUCACCACUCAGCAUACUCGGGGCAAACUUUGAUUCAAUUCAUUCAAAUUUAAUUUGUUUCUUGAGACUGAAUCUGUAGGAAAUAUGGUAUUUAUUCCUACUUUCUCUUCCCUCUUUUAUUGGGAUUUUGACAUUAUUGGAGUGACUUUGUGUUAUCCGCCGUCCUCUUGGGGUUCUUUUUUUCAAGUCCAAAAUGUUUUCUGCUUUCCUGCAGAUGAUUUUAUUUUGUUGUUUUUACAUAUAUAGUAUGUAUUCUAUUUAUUAAAGUACAUGUAUUACACAUUUCACACGAUGUUAUUGAUAGCUGCUUUUUAUAGUAAUGUCAUGAAAUGUUUCACUUUCAGACAAGACUAACACACUUUCAGUUUCACCACAAAAUGAAGCCUCUUUUUUGGAUUGUUGUCACGUCACAAGACCAAAUUAAAGAUGUCAUUUGAUUUAAGUCUACGAAAAGCCUGGUAUUUGUCCCAGGAGACGGACCCCAAAUUGAGGCUUGAUCCUCCGUCUCUUGUUAUCACACAGAGCGAGCGAGGGUCCUCCACGAUUUGUUCAAUCUGCUCUGUGUUUUCCAGAAUCUCUCUAAUGGGAUGAGCAGCAAUUUUCCGCACAAGGAUUUAUAAAGGAACCAAAUGAUAAUAAAAGAUUUGCUGUCUUUGA